AUGCAUUUCACCAGCUUUACUGUUGCUGCUUUCUCAGCUUUCCUUCUUACAGGCACUGUCUCUGCUGGUGUUGGCAGCGGUUGGUGCCAUCAACGUGACAACUGUUGUUACUCUUCUGGAGCAGCUUGCAGGCGUCAGUUUGGAUUGGACAUUACUGGAGUCUGCGAUGAGUCUAGACACGACCCUAGUCUUUGGACUUUGUGCGAAGAAGUCAACGUCACUCGUAAACAAUGCGACGCCGACUGCUGCGACAUUAAGACUGGAUGGGGACGCGGUUGCCCCAAUUAG